UCCGUUCGGUCCGUUCGACCGCAGUGACUCAACUCAAGUUGGGAAAAGUUACAAGUAAUGUAACAGAUUGUAAAUCUACCAGUUCUGUUUUACAAACUUGUAAACACACUAGUGGGAACUCCGUGUUUAUACAGUAUAUUUCAGACGGCCCUUGUUUGCAUUCUGCUUAGGUGACUAAAGAUGUCUGCUGUCAAUAACUUCGCCUACGAGGAGGAGGAUUGGGAGAAGGAGAUGCAGGAAGAGGAAAUGGAGAAGCGUCGACUUGAAUCCCAAGGGCAUGAUUUAGCUUCACAUGAUGAGAAAUACCCAAAAACUGACAACAGCAGCUAUAGGUAUGAAAGAAAUGACAGUUACUCCAGACCUGAAAGUAUCAACUACUCGUCACGGGACAGCAACUACGCAUCACGUAGUAGUUAUUCUCCACGGGAAAGCUAUUCAUCACGUGAUAACUACUCUUCACGAGAUAACUAUUCUUCACGAGAUAACUAUUCUUCACGGGAUAGUAGUGGUUACCAGUCUCGAGAUAGUGGUGGCUAUUCACGUAGUAAUGAUUACCCUUCUCGGGGAGAUGGGUAUUCGAGAGAUGGCUACAGAAAUGAUAACUACAACUCAUCUGGAUUCAAGAGUCAAAGGGGAGGGGGAGGCUUUGGUGGACGAGGCCGAGGAGGUAGAGGUGGUGGUUUUGGUGGUCAGAGUGGCGAUUCAUGGUCUUGCAGCAGUUGCAAAUUCUCAAAUUAUGCAAGCCGUACUAGUUGUUACAAGUGCAGAACACCUAAAGUGUCUGUUGUUAUGGACAAGGUGAUAAAAGACACCAGAUUCAAAAACUUAAUGCAAUGUCAGAGAUUGUCAUUGCUACCCCUGGUAGACUAAAUGAUUUUGUUAGCCAAGAUCUAGUCAAUUUGAGUGGAGUGUCCUACCUUGUAUUGGAUGAAGCAGAUCGAAUGUUGGAUAUGGGCUUUGAACCGCAGGUCAGGAAGAUAGUGAUGAAUAUACGACCAGAUCGACAGACUAUUCUGACAAGUGCCACAUGGCCCAACGAAGUGCAGUCAUUGGCUAAUAAAUUAUUAACCAACCCCAUUCAUGUGAUAGUAGGAUCACUCGACCUGCAAGCUGUAGACACAAUCACUCAGCGAGUGGUUGUAUGUUCCAUCAUGGAAAAAGAAGAAAAGUUGCUAGAAUUUUUGAAGACCAUGAAGCCAGAAGAUAAGGUGAUAAUUUUUGUUGCACAGAAAAUUACCGUCGAUGAUCUCUCAGUCAAGUUGUUAGAAGCAGGUCAUGCAGUGGAAAGUAUGCAUGGUGGCCGAAAUCAGCGCGAUCGCGAAUAUUCACUUCGUCAGUUAAAAUCAGGAAGGAGUAAAGUAUUGAUUGCGACUGAUGUUGCAGCAAGAGGAAUAGACAUAAAUGAUAUAACACAUGUUGUAAAUUAUGAUUGCCCAAGGGAUAUGGAAGAAUAUGUCCACAGAGUUGGGAGAACUGGCCGAGCUGGCAGAUCUGGAGAAGCUUUAACCCUUAUGUGUCGAGAUGAUUGGAAAGUUUCAGGGAAGUUAAUAGAAAUACUUGAAAAGUCUGAUCAGGAAGUACCUCACGAUUUGAUGAGGAUGAAGGAACGUUAUGACAGGGUGAGAGAGGAGGGUAGAGACCGUUUCAAUCGUAAUGGUAAGGUUAUGGGCUAUGGAGCAAACCUUAGAAAUGGUUGGUCUGUUGCAUAAUUGUUUUAUUUACAGGGUACCAAACUUCACACUACAUUAUUCACCAUUAGGGAAAAUUUUGUUAAGUUUUUCAAAAUUUAUGGUACUGCACAAGCAUGGCAUCAAUAGAUUAUUAAAAUAAAAUUAAUGAGAAACAUUCAUAUCUGCAGUUAGUGUCCUAGCUCCCAGAAUUUUGAGCAUUGUACCCUCUUUCCUCUCAUUACCUGGUUAUUAAGUGUAAUUAUUUAGAACUGUACCUCUAUGUACUUUUUGACAAUAGCAGAUAUAAUGAAAAUAACCAGUAAGUCAAAGUCUGGCAAUGAGAAGGAUUUUCAGCCAUUUAGUGUUACUACUUCGUCAUUCUAAAACUGCAGUAUUUUCUCAUUGGUAAAUUAUGUACCAUUAUUUUGUUACCAGUAUGUUUGUGUAUUUAGGUUAUGCUUUAGUUUAAGGUAUCUGAUAUAAUUUAUAUAGAUAUCUAUUUUCUUAUGCACCAAAAGUAUAAGCUUUAGUUGAAUUUUCUAGUAACCUGUUUAUGUCGUUAAGUUAAAUUCCAUGUAAUAGAGUACAUAAAAAAAAAUUAUAAAAUUA